GAACACUCGUGUAUUGUGUGUAUAUAUGGUAUAAACUAUUUUAUACAAUAUCAUCGCAAUACAGUUUUACAAACUUAAGACGUCAGUACCGAUUGUUCUUAUGGGCUAUGUUCGUUUCCCAAAAGCGGUUUCCUCAUAUAUAUUGUCCCGUGUGGGUCGCCGUAGAUCGUUGACAACUAGUUCAAGUAAACAUGGCUGAAGAAUCUCUGAUUGACAGCGAAGAGGAACAUAUUUUGUAUGACUUACUUGUUAUUACCGAAUGGCCGCCAGAGACGGACACUCAGCUGCGAGGCAGCAAAGAACACAACACUUCUCUUGUUGCAAAAGCUGUAACAGGGCCGUUCCGCUUAAUUCUGCACUACUUGUGGUACAGCCCGUCCAGCUCUACUCUGCCUCUGGGUCUGGUCCGCCUGGCAAACAAGCAGAUCAACUGGCAUGUGGUGCUUGCAAGUAAUGGCAAACUCUUGGCGGUGGUUCAGGACCAGUGUGUGGAGAUUAGGUCUGUGAGAGAUGACUUUGGCUCUGUCAUUGGGAAGUGCCAGGUGCCAAAGGACCCGAACACGCAGUGGCGGAGAGUGGCAUGGAGCCACGACUGCACCCUGCUGGCCUACGCUGAUAGCACUGGCACCGUGCGCGUUUUUGACCUCAUGGGCAGUGAACUUUUUGUCAUCCCACCGGUAUCGAGUUUUCCGGGGGAUCUCAGCUGUGCGGUGGCAGGUCUGAUCUUCUUGGAGUACACAGCCAGUGCUCAGUGGUCAGCCGAGCUGCUUGUUAUCACAUAUGGGGGUGCUCUCAAGAGUUAUCUCGUCAGUGUGGGAACCAAUCAGAACUUCCAGGAAAACCACAGCUUCAGUUUCUCUGCCCACUACUCGAAUGGCAUCACCUCGGCUGUUUACCACCCUCUCCACCGAUUGCUCCUAGUGGGAGGCUGUGAGUCUGGGGAUGACACCAUGUCCAAGGCCUCUUGCUGUGGCAUCACAGCCUGGAGGACUCUCUCGGGCUCACCGCACUACAAGCAGGUCACCAGCCAUGAAGAUGAUGUCAAUCCAAAUCAGAAGAGAGGUUUUUUCAGGAUCCCCAGUUUCAGGUUCUUUCCAAGACAAGGAGAUGAAAAGGACGGUGUCUUCCGCAUGAGCCUGAGCCCCGAUGGUACCCUCCUGGCUGUCAUCCAUUUCUCAGGGCGACUGUCUCUCUGGGACAUGCCCUCACUUAGACAGAGGGCCACAUGGAACCAGGAACAACAGCCAGGAUUUGAGGAGAUCAACCCAGAGUGGAAGACAUCGCUGGAGAGACGGAAGAAAAUAAAAGAUAAGGAACAGUACUACCCGCUGGUGGAUGUGAGCUGGUGGAGUGACAACGUGUUGAUUAUGGCUCGCUGCUCCGGCUCCGUCACCGUCUCAUCCGUGAGGACGCUCCGCAACCUCCUGGGCAAAUCCUGUGAAUGGUUCGAGCCUUCACCUCGAGUCACCGCAGCGCAUGACGGCGGCUUCCUCAGCCUGGAGUGUGAGGUGAAGCUUGCACAGAAGCGCGCACGUUUGGAGAGCAACUUGAGCAGCGGGGCCAGUGACGACGAGGAGGGAGAUGAAGGAGGGGAUUCUGACUCGGACGAAGAGUCCUCCGCCAAAGCCCGCUACUUUGGCUACGUCAAGCAGGGCCUGUACUAUGUGACGGAGAUGGAGCGCUUCGCCCCACCGCGUAAGCGCUGCCGCACUGUGAUGAAGAACUAUCGUCUGGUUAGCCUGAGGUCAACCACACCAGAGGAGCUGUACCAGAGGAAGAUUGACAAUGAGGAAUAUGGUGAAGCCCUGUCUCUUGCCCACGCUUAUAAUCUGGACUCUGAUCUGGUCUACCAGAGACAAUGGAGGAAGAGUACCGUCAGCAUCGCCUCGAUACAAGAUUAUCUGAGCAAGAUCCGCAAGCGCUCAUGGGUGCUGCACGAGUGUGUGGAGCGAGUGCCAGAGAAUGUCGACGCAGCCAAGGAGCUGCUGCAGUAUGGCCUCAAGGGAACCGACCUGGAGGCCCUGAUAGCCAUAGGGAACAGAGAGGACGGCGGCAGGUUUAUCAUGCCAGGCGACGUUGACCUUGAUGAGCUCCCCUAUGAAGACAUGCUGUCACAUGAAGAGGAGUUGGAGAAGAAGAAGGAGAGGGAGAACAAGAAGAGACGGGAGCUGUUAGCCAGGGUCGAUUUUUGCAGGCUAACUCUGGAGCAGAAGGAGCUGUGUCGGAGCCGACUGAAACUACUCUCCUACCUGGACCGGCUGGCCACAUAUGAGGAGAUACUCGGCGGGCCUCAUGCAGCGGAGCAGAAAUACGAUGCAGAGUUCUUCAAGAAGUUCCGCAGUCAAAAUAUUGUUUUGUCAGCAAGAAACUAUGCCAGGGAGAGUAACGUGCAGGCUCUGGACAUUCUCUUUACGUACCAUGGAGCAGAUCUCCUCCAGCACCGCCUUGCUCUCAUUUACAAUUUCCCAGAAACCACCUCUCCACACGAGUACACCAUCCUGCUACCCGAGGCUUGUCUGGACGACAGAGGUGAGUUGGUGUUAAUUCCAUGGGAUGAGCAGAGACACAGAGAAAUGGACUGGUGCGAGGCAGAGGAGUGCAGAGCGGUGCUGGACCAGAACUUAUUCGACGACGACAGCUUCCUGUAUGAAGAGAUUCCAGAGCUGCUGAGGUUCCGCUCCGCCUCACCCUCCAUUGAGCUGCUGACUGACUGGUACCAGAGCAGAGCUCAGGAUAUUGAAUCCUGCUCCAGACAGGUGGACUGUGCACUCUCGCUGGUGCGUCUCGGGAAGGAACGAGAGAUCCCGGGGUUGAGGCUACUGGGUGAUGACUUGGUCACCAUGGAGACACUUGUGUACGAAACAUCAUGUGACCUGAGUCUGACACUUAAAGACCUGCAGCAGUUAAGCGACAUUGACAAGCUCCGCCUGCUCAUGAAAAAUUCCAGCACAGAGCGCUACGUGAAAGACGCUUUCCAGUGGAUGGUGCCAUUUUUGCACCGCUGUGAGGGACAGAGAGAGGGCGCUGCGAAAUCUCUACUCGGAGAUUACCUGGUCAGCUUGGCCCAGCAAGACCUCAUCCUGCCCCUCAUCAUCUUCCAGCACUCUAAACCUGAUUGCCAGCAGAAGAUCAUUGGUGACCCAGACCAGCUGAUGGCAGCCGCUCUGGAGUGCAUCUACACCUGUGAGAGAGAUGACCAGCUCAGCCUCUGUUAUGACAUCUUGGAGUGUUUGCCGCAGAGGGGAUAUGGGCCAGAGACGGACGUCACCGCUUCACUCCAUGAUCAAGUGGACAAAUUAGAAAAGCAUCUCAGUGUGGUGGAGGUGCUGGAGAAACAUGGUCUACAGAAACCCAUCUCGUACGUGAAGAACAGCCAGAGCAGUGAGGAGGAAGCCCACCAACUCAUGGUCAAACUGUGCCGCCACACUGGCCGCAAGAACCCUCCAGUGAGCGAGACGGUGUGGAAAGGCCUUCUGCAGGACCUGCUUGAUAUGCAGCAGAAUGUCUACACGUGUCUGAAAGCAGAGACAUGUCACCAGGUCUUUGUUGAGUCCCUGUUGUGCUCCAGCCGUGUGGAGAAUAUACGUCUCGCAGGUCAGCUCAUGCACUGCUCCAAGGUCAGUCAGGAUGUUCCUGUCAGCUUGUCAUUCCGGGGCAAAGGUUAUGCUCUGAAGGUGGCCUAUGACAACAGUGUGGAAUUAGUGUUGGCUUCUGCGAGAGAAUACUUCAACUCAUCCACAACGCUGACGGACUCCUGCAUGGGCCUGGCCAGGGCGUGUCUCCAGCUCAUCGUGGACUGUCCUCCUGCCAUCCAAGAGGAACUGGACCUCAUUAGCACCCUCAGCCAACUGGAAGACUUCAAUGUCAGCAUCCUCCCACUGCAAGUGCGGCUGCGAUCAAACCGUCUGUCUCUCAUAGAAGAAUGCAUCGCCCAGUGCCCCACGGCCUACAAACAGUCCACCACUCUGCUCAAUGUGGCCUCACUUCUCCGAGUGGCAGGAGAUGAUGAGGCCACACGGAAAGGCCAAGUACUGACCUUGCUGGCAGAGCAAGCUCUUCAGUGUUCCGACUUCAAGACCUCUUACAUCCACUGUCAGGACCUCAUGGCUGCAGGUUACAGUCCAGGGUGGGAGGUCUGCAGUCUGCUUGGCCAGUGUGAUGGAUAUGGAGACCUGGAGGCCCGGCAAGAGCUUUUAGCUUUUUCUCUAACCCACUGUCCCCCAGACAAAAUCCAUGGCCUCCUGGCUGCAUCCAGUGACCUGCAAACUCAGGUGUUGUACCAGGCCGUUAACUAUCAAAUGGAGCCUGUUAUUACAGAGUGUGGACGAGAGUCAGACGAGACGGAUGCUGUGAAGGCCUCUGCUUCCACCGCGGGCUCGCCUGUGGGGACAGCGGGGGACCUGCUGCACAGGACCACAGCCAAGACCAUGGAAGUGCUGACCACCACAGGCCUGACCACCAAGGCUGUGCUGACCGCAGUGAGUGACCACCGCUGGUGGAAAGAAUCGCUCAACUACCUCCGGCCACUUCAAGGUCGCGACGCAGGAGCCACGACGCAGGAAGGUGCAUGUGAGAACUCGAACCUGGAGCAUCAAGGCUGUAGCCCCUUUUAUCAGGAACUUAUCGAGGAUCGCUACGUAGACCUGAGUCAAGAUGUGUACUCGUCCUACAAAGACCUGCCUCAGGAAAACUUUGCCGAGGUUUUGCUGAGGACUGGCAAACUGGCCGAGGCCAAAACAGAAGGAAAAACCCUGUUUCCUGCCACAGAGGUUUUGCUGCAGUUGGCCAAUGAUGCAUUUCCCAGGGACAUGAUGCUGGCUCUGUCCUACUUACUGGCCCUGCCUCAGGUGUUGGAUGCCAACAGAUGUUUUGAGAAACAGUGUCACUCCGCCUUGUCACUCCAGCUGGCGGCUUACUUCUAUUCCCUGCAGAUCUACUCCCACCUCAAACCCUGCUUCAGGGACAAGAACCACACUCUCUACCAGGCUGACCCGAAGGAGCUGAUUCGAUUGGUCACACAGCAUGUGUCUGCAUAUUCGUGUUGGCCGGAGGAGCUGCAGAAGUUGAUAAGUCAGCUGCACGUGUACAACGAACGCCUGACUGACUUCACCCAGGCCCAGGUGUUACAGGGGCUGGGCCGCGGUGUGGACGUCCAACGCUUCAGCUCCGACUCCAACUACAAGAAGGAGACCAUCCUUGGCCUGACAGAGACACUGGAUGACAGCGUGUACAGAAUCGCUCUGUCUCUGGCUAAGCGCUACAGUGUGCCUCUGUGGGAGAUCUACAUGACUCACCUCGAGUUCCUCUUUACAGAUAGCGGUCUGUCCACCAAGGAAAUUGAGUCACGGAGCGGGUCCCUUGGUCUGUUCAACACCUUGAAGUGUAACCCGCAGGACUUUUACAGCCACAUGACCAAGUACGUGCUGCCAACUGUGGAGGGAACUGACCUAAGCCGCUUGCUCUACUAUUACGCCCUGCUGGACGGCGCGGGCUGCGAGCCUUACGUCACCACCACCAUCAAGCCAGACGUCCAUGUCAAACUGCUCAAGAAGCUUCGAGCUGUCGCCAACGGCUUAGACUACCGGAAGCUGACUGACGAGUCCUUGGAUCCACUGGUCACUCUGAAGUCAGUGCUGACCAGUCAGAAUGUGCUGUCCAUCUCCAAACUUGCCAGCCGGCUGCCUCUACCCGGUGGCGGAGGAGCAACGGUCUCGCCCAGUGCGGUCCACGCAGUGUGGCUGCAAAAGCUGUUUUGGAAAGGAGACCCACAGCUGCUGAAGAGGCCCCCAAACAGUGACCAGGACUACCUGCAUGCUUACGACACCUGUGCCAAAUAUCUGGACAGGCUCGUUCCCGCUGACAUCGUCCGCUUCCUGGACGGUAUCACCUUUUCACCUGAAGCAGCUAAAAAUCUGAGCGUCCAGGCAAGGAUGGAGGUGAUAAAGCGAGCCACCAAGCCUCUGCGGCAGCUGGCCGAUAAGAGCCGGAAGAGAGGAGGAGGCAACGGCAACUCGGAGCAGGAAGGGAUGGACCAAGCGGCGAUGAGUUUUGACGAGGCUAUCGCACAUCUGCAGCAGUCACAGGCCCACCUGGACACUCUGAGCCAUGCCUUCAUUCUGUCGUUAAAAGACAGCCAACAGGAACGGCUCCAGGGUUACAGUCAACUGUAUGAUUUGUCCCGGUCUGAGAGGUCAAAAGUACGUGAGCUGGCAGUAACCAUGGCAACUGAUGGGCAGCCUCUGGACAGCAUUGGGAAGCUUCUGCACGUUGCUGUUGGACCCCUAGACCUUUCCGUCAAAACUGUGCUUCAUGAUGCAGUGGCGAGAACAGUCGCUGCACUCAGUGGAGACCCAGAGACCCCAACAAAUUACUCACAACCGCUCCGGGUCCUGGAAGCCAUGGUAACCGCUGUGCACAACAAUGUCCAGAGUGGUGACAGCGCCGUGACCUCAGAUGACCUCCUGGCUUGGCUCCGUCCCUUCUGUGGAGACUCCUCGCUGCCAGUGCGGCCUCGGAUCAACGUGCUGCAGAUCCUGGAGAGCAACUUCAGCCUCCGAGACAGUGAUGUUCGUCUGUUGUUGCUCUACAGAACUCAGGCUGUUUUCAAAGACAGAGAGGUGCAAAUAGAAGAUGUAGAGACUGAGGACAAACGAUACACUCUCUUCCUGGAGCUACUGGAAUCUGCUCAGAAGUGGGAGGACUUUCAGCUUCUCAUGCUCCUCCUACAAGCAUGGCCACCUAUGUUGAAAGAGGAAGUGGCAGAGUCAGAGAGUAACCCCUGGGUUGUGCUGACCUCAGCCUUGCUGACCCACUGCCAAGGGUCAGAGGGCGAAUUAGACCUGGGUCAGCAGAUCGUCACCAUGGUGCGGACUCUCUAUAACACCAAACACAAGCUCCCUGUAAAGUGUAUUAAACACAUAGCCGCUCUGCUACUUCAGAACCAGUCCAACCUCCAGCAGCCUGCGCUCAAACUGAUGGCUGAAAGUGGUGAUGAGGAACUGCUGCAGCUGACUCUGGAUCAGGUCAACAAAAUGACUGUAGAGACAGCUUCCUCCAGCGACGCCGAGCUCCUGUCACUGCUCCUGGAUGCCGGGCUCUUAGUUGGCUGUGUCUCUUCAGCCCUGUACCCCCUGCUCAGCUCCCACAUGCUGUCCCAUCAGCAGGAAGGAGGCUGGGAUGUGGAGAAAGCCGCCGCUGAGCUGCUGGCGGCAGGCCACGGGCCCGAGGCGGGCUCCCUGCUGCUGGCUUACCGUGGAACACACCAGGCCCAGUUCACCUUCAACUCUGCCUUGGCUGUUCUAAGGAAGUGGCUUUGAGGAGGAAAGAGGGGCGGGGGGUGAGGUUGGACCUGCUUUAAGGAAAGAAGAGCAGGAAGACGUCGAGAGAGGUUUGGACGGAGAUUUGAAGCAUUUAUCAUGAGCUGUGUAUGGACGUGAUGUCAGAAUGAACCGCUGCAUUUUGUUCAGUAAUUAGGUUUCGGGUUCAUCAGCUGAGGAUAUGUGAGCAGCAGCUGCCUUCGAGGUAUAAGUAGACCCCUUUAAUAGUGAAACAUCUGCUCCAUUAGGAACACACAAACAUUAAUACACAAACCACUGCCGUCUCUCAGUCAUGAAUGACUGUUCAGAAAGAGAGCGAAGCAGAAAAACAAUGGCUCUUUGCCUGUGGCGUGUGUGCGUGUGUACGUAUGUGCAUGUGCGCUGCGUUCUUGAGUGUGACAAAGCAAUCGAGCAGUAGCUGGAAAGCAGUGGGUGGAUAUUAUUAGCCUGUUGUUCAGUGACAGGUUUGCCUCUUUGACGUACCGUCGUUAAACACGCUGCCUCCGCUUUAUUGUUUCCCCCCCUAAUAACAUCUAAUUAAUUCCCCCUAAACAAAUUAGCCCUGCAGCUGCCCCGCCGCCCUGGGUGUGUGUGUAAAUGCUCAAAUACUGUAUACAAAGCACAAACGCGCCGUCGUUUAUUAUGUAGGCCUAAUGGCGAUGCAGACUGAAAGGGUAUGCGUGUCUGUGCAUGCUUUGUUUUCACCUUAAAAUCUGUUCCGCCCGCCUGAGCUGAAAUAAAAACAAAAGCUUAAACAUGA